AUGUCAUCAAAAUCAUUUGUCAAUACUUUCUUAUGUUUAAUAAUUCUAUUUUUUCUCUUCGAUCUGAUAUUAUCAGCAAAAAAACCAGAUAAAAAAUGUACAUUACCUAAGGGUCGAUCAUGCACAGCUUUAACACCAGAAGAAAUGAGAGAUAAAGAUUUAGGAUCAUAUUUUAAAUAUCCAUGUGCUGGAAUUGGAUGUAAUUUUUAUCGACCAUAUUGUCGUCUUUGUACAAAAGAUCCUAACAAAGUUAAUAAACCGUAUGUUGAAUGUCCAAAAUGUGUAGCAGAAGUUGAAGAAACAUUCAAAGCAACAGAUGAUGAAUAUGAAUGUUAUAUGCCUCGUGAUCGAUCAUGUACAUCUUUAGUUCCAUCAAUGACAAAAGCACUUGGUUUAGGAAUGUAUUAUGAAUAUCCUUGUUAUGGAAAUGGAUGUUCUUAUAUGCAACCUUAUUGUAGACUUUGUGUAAGAGAUCCUUUGAAAAACAUAGCUCCAUAUCCAAAAUGUCCAAGUUGUGUUCCUUAA